AUUUAGUUGCACGCGUCCCAGCGCGACGACAUCAUUUCCGUCUUCACGACUUCCGACCUUGCACAGCGAAAACCGACCAAAUCUGACGACCCCUGCGGUGGAUUUGGGCUUGGAUCAGUCAAAAUGCCUCGGAAAAAGGCGGUACUCGACGUGCCGGAGCAGCUGGAGGAACCCAGGUCCUUGCGGAAACGCAGCCAUCAAGAGUUGGAAGCUAUCCCGGAGUCGGACCUCGAAACGACGCCUACGAAGCGACAACGAUCAGGUCGCUACUCACCCACGACCGACGAUACCGAGUCCGACAGCCAGGCCCCGAGCUCAGCUGUGGAUGUUGUUGAGGCGCCAAUAAUCGCCGUGAAAGACUCUCCUAUAAAGGAGGAUGAUACGCCAAAACCGAAGCGUCGAGGACGGCCGCCGAAAGUGAAACCCCCCGUGAAUGGCGGCGAUACUCCGACGCCCAAGGCAAGCCGCACCGCAAACUUCGCCACCCCGACCAAGAGAGCAAACGGCGUGAGUGGGCUCACGCCCAUGCGACAGGCUGCAGACCAGUCUGCGAAGAGGAAGAGCGCGAGGGCCUUCAUCCACCACGUGGUCGGCGACGAACUCACGGACGAGGAGGACAACGGCGAUUUCGCGAGACACAUUAUCGAUUCGAGCGACGAGGAAGAGGAGGAUCCCGAGGGCGACGGAGUAACCACAGCGGAGACGUCAGCGGUCGAUGAAGCAGCAACGCCAUCCAAGAAGACGCCUCGUCCCAAGGGGCGACCACGAAAGGUCCGGUCGCCAACACCACCUCGCGACCUCCCGCCUCACGAACAAUACUUUGCGCAUAACAAACCAGGCCGACCCAAGACGUCCGGAAAUACCCUGGCGUCAUUGGCCCUGCUCACCCACGACGAGUACUUCACCAUCGUGAAGGAGACCCAGGACCGCCAUGCCGCAGACAUCGAGUAUCUGGAGAGCCUGCACGCCGAGUCCUUCUCUCAGUGGACGUUUGAGGUCUCGCAGGGCUUCGGCGUGUGUCUUUACGGGUUCGGGUCGAAGCGCAAGUUGCUGCACAAGCUUGCGACGCAUCUGCACGCGCGAAGGAGGGCCGACAAGGGCGACAAGAUUGUCAUGGUCAAUGGAUAUGCCCACACCACAACCAUGCGCGAGAUCCUCAGCAAUGUCGGAAGCGCCAUAGACCCCACGCAGCGAAUCCCCCUCGCUCAGCCGCCGACAAUGGUGCAGUCCAUCAUCUCCCAGCUCGCCACCACCGACAUGACCCUCACGCUCGUCAUCAACUCCAUCGACGCUGCUCCGCUGCGCAAGCCCGGCUACCAUGCUGCCCUCGCCCAGCUCGCCGCCCACCCGCAAAUCCAGCUUGUCUGCUCCGCCGACACGCCCGACUUCUCGCUGCUGUGGGACAUUGGCGUGCGCUCCGCCUUCAACUUUGUCUUCCACGACUGUACUACCUUUGCCCCCUACGCCGUUGAGCUGGACGUCGUCGACGAGGUCAACGAGCUACUGGGCCGAAACGCCCACCGUGUCAACGGCCGGGAGGGUGUCGCCUUCGUCCUGCGCAGCUUGCCCGAGAACGCCAAGAACUUGUUCCGCUUGCUUGUCGCCGAGGUCCUCCUCGCCAUGGAGGAAGAAGGAGGCGUUGAGACUACGGGUGUUGAGUACCGCAUGGUCUAUAACAAGGCGGUCGAGGAGUUCAUUUGCAGUUCCGAAAUGGCGUUCCGCACGCUGCUAAAGGAAUUCCACGACCAUCAGAUCAUCACCAGCAUGAAGGAUGCUAUCGGAACUGAAUUGUUGAGUCUUCCGUUCAGGAGGGACGAGCUGGAAGCGAUAUUUGAAGACCUAGCGUCAUGAUACGAUGACAUAGCAUUGUGUAAACUAUAAAAUAGAACUGGAGUCUCGGAGGGGAGCAAACCUGGGAAUAAAUGUACAACACAAAAUUAACUUGAACAACGUCACUGAAGAAGAGGGCAACUCAGAUCUG